AUGGACACAUCGGAGGCAGUUAUCCCAAUGGUUGAGCAGAACGCCAUCGCCCCGGCUGAGCAACAAAUGGAAACGAAUCAAGCUGGAGACGCGUCUCUCGCUUCCGCCGCUGUCCCUGUUUGUUUUUAGCGAUUUUCAGAUGAAUUUAUGGAUUAGACAAGGUCUUUUCAGGAUGCCUCUUCUCCGCCGGCGAUCGUUCCAGCUCCGGCUGAAGUACCAGUUCCUGCGGCAGCUUCAGUCGCCCCCGUGCCAGGAUCCGCUAACUACAAACUGGUCGCUACGUUCACUGGACAUCUGAAAUCUAUCUCGGCCGUCAAAUUCUCGCCUUGCGGCAAGUACCUGGGAACUAGCUCCGCCGACAAGACUGUUAAUAUCUGGAAGAUGGAAGAUAUGUCGAAAGAAAGAACUGUAAGUGGACAGUUACUAGACAUAAAUAAAAAGAACUUUCAGCUCGUUGGACACAAGCUGGGAAUCAACGAUUUCGCGUGGAGUGCUGACAGCAAAUGCAUCGUCUCGGCUUCCGACGACAAAACGCUCAAGAUCUUCGAAAUCAAUUCGGGAAAAUGCCAGAAGACGUUGAAAGGCCACACAAACUACGUCUUCUGUUGCAACUUUAAUCCGCAGUCCUCGCUUAUCGUCUCCGGAUCGUUCGACGAAUCCGUCCGCAUCUGGGAUGUCAAGACUGGAAUGUGCAUGAAGACUCUUCCAGCUCAUUCGGAUCCCGUCUCCGCAGUUUCGUUCAACCGCGAUGGAAGCCUCAUUGCUUCUGGAUCCUACGACGGCCUUGUGCGCAUAUGGGACACCGCAAAUGGACAAUGUGUCAAGACUCUUGUGGACGACGAGAACCCACCAGUUGCUUUCGUGAAGUUCUCGCCGAACGGAAAGUACAUUCUGGCCUCGAACCUGGAUAGCACCCUGAAGCUGUGGGACUUCACCAAGGCCAAAAGUUUGAAGCAGUACACUGGUCACGAGAAUAGCAAGUACUGCAUCUUUGCGAAUUUCUCGGUGACUGGCGGGAAAUGGAUCAUCGGUGGAUCGGAAGACCACAAGAUUUACAUCUGGAACUUGCAGACAAAGGAAAUAGUCCAAACUCUAGAAGGACACACUCGUACGCCGUUUAUCCAUAAAUAUUAAGUUUGCUUGUCUUUUUUACAGAGCCCGUCAUCGCCUCCGAUUGUCACCCACUCCAGAAUCUCAUCGCUUCCGGAGCCCUCGAGCCGGACAACAACAUCAUGAUCUGGCGGUCAGAAACCUAA